AGCGGUCGAGUCGCGUGGAGCACCGUUCUGGUCUUGAUGGUGGCGAGUCUCCGUGGACCUGUUUGGGAGCUGCACCAGCGGUCACCUCUCCGGGAAUCGCACGCGUGAACCCGUGAACCACGCGUGGAUGGAAGUAAAAUUAAUUAUCGGGAUGCUUGUGGUUGCGACCCGCUCGGAGAGCUGUUGUACGCCUAUCGCUCCUCUACGACGACUCGAGUGUAUGCACGGUCAGGAGGGCCUUGCUGCCGAUCUUCAGGUCCUUCAGACGACAAUUCAUUCACUGACGGUCGACAGCAACGCACUCAGGAACACCUCGGACCGAUCUCACGAAGUCGCCUAUCAUCACGCCCAUCAAAAAGCGUCCGUCGGAAUAGAGUUGGCUUGGCUGAGACCGGUGUGGUUCCCGCAACGUAAGCGAUGUGGGAAGCUUCCCGGGACGGGUCGUUCCUGGAUCACCGCCUCGUCGCAGGUCUCAACGUCAACGCUCCAGAGGCUCGAUGUUCAUGGCUCGAGGCUAGAUCAGAACAGGUCCACGAGAGAUAGAAGAUAGUUCAUGCAGGAUUCCCGGCGAAGGCUCGAAGUCCUCGGGACGAUUGGUAAACUUGCCGGUAUAGGGCCUGUGUACCUGUUGCUUUCGAACUAACAUGGCGCGAAUCCCGAAUCCUUUCCUAUAUUUCGAGACUGGACGCAUUUGACU